GGUCCGGAACCACCGUUGAGAAGGAAGGUAGACCUAACCAAGCGAGGAGGGAAGGGGAGGGGGAAUGAAGGACGGUUGUGAGGGAUCAAGUCAGGCAGCGGCAAAGGGAGGUAUGAAGGGGAACUGUUUGAUACUACGUCGAGUUUCCGGGGAGGACUUUCUGAGGGGAGGACCUGUCUAUGCUGCAAGUCGAACUGAAAGUCGCGCAAGAGGAGGCUGUUUAAGAAGCUUUCAGUGUUCAUGAGGCUCUAAAGGGAGAAUACUGUUACAGCCGACUUGAUGAACUCAUCACUUGUUGCUUACGAAGAUUCAGACUCUGAGACAGAGGAUGGAAAGUCUGAAGAUGUUAUUAGUAGUGGAAUGAAUCUUACAAAUUCUGCUAUGAGUGUUGUUCAGCCUUGUGGUGAGUUAGACACAAUUUCGGAGAGAAAAUUCCAACCUGUGGAAUACAUGGGUAGUUCGAGAAAUAACAUCUUUCAUGGAGAUACACUUCUGCAGCACCUACAGACUAAUAAAAUGUCUACGGCAGUCACUCAUCCUAAGAAAUUAUACCCUGCUACACUGAAAAUCACAAGCCCUUUGCCAAAACCUAAAAUACUUUCUGGAAAUGAGAGUUGCUUGCAGAAGAGGGCCUGUGAUCACAGCGAUGUUACCAUACAAGGGCUGAGACCAUAUAUUCCUAAAAGACUGCGACAGGAAAAAACCCCACUUUUUUGUGAAGCUGAAGACAGUGGAGGGAGCGCAAGUUGUGCAUCCAAGCUUGAUACACCCAGAGAAGAGAUGACCAUUAAUAUUUCCCAGUAUAUUAUGCCAUACGUAGGAUCCAAGUAUGGGAUAACUGAAAUUCCUAGGAACCUUAUAUUUAACAUGACUGAUCACAGUGGUCCAGUUAAUGCAGUCCGAUGGUGUCCUGUGCAGAGGUGGAGCCAUAUGUUGCUGUCGGCAUCUAUGGAUAAAACUGUCAAGGUUUGGGAUGCUGUGGAUCGAGGCUGUUGCUUAAAAACAUACUCUUGCCACACCUGUGCUGUUCGUGCAGUCCAAUGGUCCCCCUGUGGAAGAAGUGUUCUCAGUGGAGGGUUCGAUUCUAUGCUUCACUUAACAGAUAUUGAAACAGGAGCACAGACUUUUAGCAGUAGGAGUGAAUUUCGAAUCAGCACCCUGAAGUUUCUCCCUCUUGAUCCAAAUGUUUUUAUUUGUGGAGGAUUUAGUCCAGAAGUGAAGGCCUGGGAUAUAAGAUCUUCCAAGGUAAUAAAAGUUUACAGAGCUGCAGUACAGCAAACCUUGGAUAUCAUGUUCCUCCCUGAGGGAAAAGAAUUUCUUACCAGCACCGAUGCCGUAAGCCAGGAUUCAGCUGACCGUACCAUCAUUGCAUGGGACUUCCACACAGCUGCUAAGAUCUCCAAUCAAAUUUUCCACGAGCGCUACACCUGUCCCAGUCUUGCACCUCAUCCUAAGGAGCCUGUCUUUGUUGCUCAGACAAAUGGCAACUACAUGGCCUUGUUUUCCAGCCUGCGACCCUACAGAAUCAACAAGAAGAAGAGAUAUGAAGGGCAUAAGGUUGAAGGAUUUGCAGUAGGCUGUGAGUUUUCUCCCGAUGGAAUGCUUCUUGUGACGGGGAGUUCAGAGGGCAAAGUGUUUUUCUAUAACUAUCGCACUGCUCGGAUCAUUCGCACGCUAUCUGCGCAUAGUCAGGCCUGUGUGAGUGCAACUUUGCAUCCAGUGCUUCCAUCGCUCCUUGCUACAUGUGACUGGGAUGGAGCAAUCAAGAUCUGGCAAUAGUAAUGAUUUUUAAAAGCAUUCUCUCUACAUACAGUCUGGCCAACCUGCUGACUUUCCAGCUCUCUAACUGUAUUUUUUCUCUCUCUUAAUUUUUAUUUCUUAAAGACUUAUGUUUUGGGGGUUGUUUUUCAAUUUAUUGUAGUGUGUGUGUGUAGGGGAAGAGGGUUUUCCUUUAGUGGCCUCACCAUACAGGUGCCUAACUUGCUUGGCUCCUUUUUCUCCAUAUUUUGCCGCUGGAAUUAUGACACUCUGGGCUUCCUGAUGCUUACAGAGCUGUGACUUCCCUGCAGAAAACCCCUAAAUAUGUGCCUGUGCCUAGUUUUCUCCCAGUUGCUGAUGCAGGCAAUUGGGGGAAGAAGCUUCCAAAAGGAAUGAUUGACUUGCCUGCAGUCCCAAGUCUAGCUGCUAUGACUUACUCACUAUGGAAUUAUUUAUUUAUUUAUUUAUUUAAAUAUUUCUAUCCCUCCCUUCUACCUUGCAGUUACAAUACCUUGCAGGGCAGCUACAAUAAAAAUGCACACAUAUAGAAUAAAAUACACAAUAAAAAUACAAACAUUACAGUAAAUUAAAAUGCACAGAAUAUAAUUAAAAUACAUAAAAUGCAUUAUGCAUACACAUACACACAUAUGCAAACAUACAUAAGUGUAUAUAUGUGCAUACACAUAUGGGGGAGUGAGAAUAAAAACUUAAAAGAUAAAAAUAAAAGAUAAAAAACUUAAAACAGUGUCAGGCUGACCCGUCAGUCCCAACCAAAGGCUCUCCAGAACAAAAUAGUUUUUACAAGUUUCCGGAAGACCAUCAGGGAGGGAGCAAAGCAGGCUUCUUGGGGCAGGGAAUUCCAAUUUGUGGGAGCCACAAUUGAAAAGGCUCUCCCGCGUGCCUGUCAUCUAACUUCUUUCAUUCCAGGCACGCAGAGGAGACCAGAGGCAGAUGAUCUUAAAUCUAGGGUAGGAACGUAUGGACGUAUGUGGUCCCUUAGGUACACUGGUCCAAGGCCAUUCAGGGCUUUAAAGGUCAAAAUCAGCACAAGACCUACGACUAGAAGUGAUUCAAAGGGCCUCAGUGUCAAAGUUAGGUUCUGCUGGGAGCAUAAAAAUCUGACCCACUUUAAGCUUGGUUAAAUCCACACUUUAGCUUUUCAACCUGUUAAUCCUUUGGCCUCCCAGAAAAACUAGAGGUAAAACUUCUUCUUCCUCUUACCUAAGGUCACAUCCACACCGUAUAUUUAAAGCACUCUUAUACCACCUUAAAUGUCAUGACUUCCCACAAAGAAUCCUGGCAACUGUAGUUUAAGGGUGCUGAGGAUUAUUAGGAGAACCCUCACAGAGUUGCAAUUCCCAGCACCUUUAACAAACUACAGUACCCAGGAGUCUUUGGGGGAACUCAUGGUUUUUAAAGUGGUAUACAAGUGCUUUAAAGGUAUGGUGUGGAUGUGACCUUAAUCUGCACUUUAGCUCCUUUCUCUUUAAAACUAUAGUAGCUUGUAGCCCUUUACCACUACAUGACUGCUACUGCAAGAAUUUCCAUCUGGUUUGAGUCUUUGACUGAGUCAUGCUAAUGGGCUUAAAGCACCAUCAUGGAAGCCAUCGUGGAGACUUUUCAGGCACAUGUGACUGUCAUCAGGAUCUGAUAUUGUGGGGAUGUGUACUUACAAACUGUAGUUGGAGCAGAAAAGCGUGAAUGAUUUGGAUGCAAGUCACUUUCUUAUUAGUGGAAGUUCCUUUUGAGGAACUGCAUUUUCAGACUGUACCUUUGAUAUAAGACAGGAAUUGUCAUAUCAGAGCUGGAAAGAGUGGGUUGAAUCCAACCAACCCCACUGAAAUUAAUGGACCUAGGUUCGCCAUGUCUAUUAAUUUCAGUGGGUCUACUCUAAGUAAGACAAAUGUUGGCUACAACCCAAGUAUAAUUUAGAUGUCCCUAUUUCCAUGCAGCCAAAGUCCCAUAUUGGAUAGACUUCUUACCCUAAAAUGCAUAGCACUUUUAUUAAGACAUGAGAACUGGCACCUCAUUUUUCACCAAAAAAAGGACUUGUGUUUACUGUUACCUUUUUUUAAUAAUGGCAAUAGAGACAUGUAUAUCCCCUCUCAAGGUGUAUUCCUAACUGUCUUCUGAUAUAGCAGUAGUAGUUUUACUCCUUAGUAAUCUUUGCAGUUAACUACAUCUAGGUAGCUGCAGACACACUGAAGGUGCAGCACAGACAGUACAGAAGAGAAUCACUUUGUGAUAGUACUUCAUUUAGUACUGCUGUUUCAGAGAGCAGGUAUAGAUAUACUCUUCACAAUGCUAAUUGCUGUAGAGCAGGAGUGGGGAACCUUUGUCCCUCCAGCUGUGGCUGAACUACAGCUCCCAUCAGCCCCAGGAAGAAUAGCCAAUGGCUUGGGAUGAUGGAAGUUGUAGUUCAGCAAUAUCAGGAGGCCCCACACAUUCUGUAGAGUGUCUUGAGGCAACAUUAUCCUCAAGGAAAGGGAACCUAUGGCCCUUCAGUUGUUGUUGUUGGAGUACAACUCCCAUAAUCUCUGGCCAUUGGCCAGAUUUGCUGGGGCUGAUGUUGGAGUUCGAUAACAUCUGGAAGGACACAGAUUCUUGACAGAUACUAAGAGCCACCAAUCAAGUGAUGCUGAUUUUGUUUGACAUUACAUUUGGGGAGGCUCAAUCUUCUGAUUUUAAAUGCUCUUGAAUUAGGAAGGCAUUUUCUGAUGAAGUUUGAUUACUAUUAUGUGGGAAUAUAUGAUACUAUAUUCAUAAACUUCAUAUUGCAAAAUCUGUAAGAGCAUAAAAGUUGGCAGGUUUUUCUUUUAAUUUAUGUUUUAAAUGUUUUACAGUUUUUUGUGUCUCUGUCCUAUUGCAUUUUUAGUGUUAUAGGAAGUGGCAAGGUUUAUCUUGUUUUUGAGGUUCAAAAAGUGAAAACUUUCAACUUAAAAACAGUUCUGUCAAUGCUUACUGUGGACAGAACUAGCAAUGAUGUGCCGUAGAUGGCGUACAAGAACUCAACCAUUUGUACCACAUACUUCUUAUGCUAGACAAAAUGAGCUUGUAUACAUUUAUUCUGUGUAAAUAAGAGUGUAUAGUUUUAUAUUGCACUGAAAUAAAAGUUGUUAAAAUGUGUAUGUUAAAAUGUACAAAGGAACCCAAUGAAAAUGUUACGGAUGGAUGGAUGGAUGGAUAAAAUACAAAGUAGAUAAGCUAGGUAAACACUUGCUUCCUUGCUCAUGCCCUCUGUAAAUGUGCUUAUAAAGUAUUCUUUGC